GCAGCUUAGCUGCAGGACCAGAAGCUGCAGAGAUGUUGCAGUCAUAAUAUGUGCACAGACUCUCUCUCUCUCUCUCUCACACACACACACUAAUAAGUCACUUGCACAGGGAAGAGAGAGAAGAGAUGUUGCAGCACUGUAAUCAGAACCAUGAGUUUUAUCCAUGUACAGAAGAUUCUGCAGCCCAAUGGUCCCUGAAAUAAAUAUACCUACUCUACUCCCUCCCUCCCAAAGCCCAAAUACCGAUCUCUCUCUCUCUCUCUCUCUCUCUCUCUCUCUCAUAUUUUUUUGUUCUUGCUUUGUAUUUCAACUUUUGCUUGCUUCCUUCAGUUGGGGGCUUGCGCGUAUCGUGUAUAUGCAUAUGAUGAGUGGUGGAAUGAGCAGCAGAUUCCCCUUCACCGCCUCACAGUGGCAAGAGCUGGAGCACCAAGCCCUCAUCUACAAGUACCUCAUCUCUGGCAUCCCAAUCCCUCCUGACCUCCUCUUCUCCCUCAAGAGAAGCCCCUCCUGCUUUGACUCUUCCCAUUUCUCUCCCAAGUUCCUGUCUCACCAGCCCCAACAUGUGGGAUGGAACUGUUUCCAAAUGGGUCUGGGGAAGAAGAUAGACCCAGAGCCAGGAAGGUGCAGAAGAACAGAUGGGAAGAAGUGGAGGUGCUCUAAAGAGGCCUACCCAGAUUCCAAGUACUGCGAGAGGCACAUGCAUAGAGGCAAGAACCGUUCAAGAAAGCCUGUGGAAGUUUUGUCAUCAAUCUCAUCUGCUUCACCAACCCCAACGCCAACUGCAUCGAUCACCCCUUCCAAUAAAAGCCCCUACUACUCUCACAAUCCAGCCACAAACCCUCAGUCCCUCUCCUCUCUCUCCACCUCUGACCAUUCCCACCAUAACCACCCAAGCCAUCCUCACCAUUCUUAUUACUUCUCUUCAAGGCCUCCUGGCAACAUCGCUUUGUCCGCGCAAGACAGCAGCACCACCAACUUCCUCCUCGAUUCCGGAUCAUAUUCCCAAAGCGGCCAAGAUUACAGGAAAAACAGGUAUCUUUACGGGCUGAAGGAGAACCAUGUAGAUGAGCAUGCCUUCUUUGCAGAGCCGAGCGGGAGCAUGAGGAGCUUCUCCGGUUCAUCCAUGGAUGACUCUUGGCAGCUCACACCCCUCGCCAUGAGCUCUUCCUCCAAGCAGAGGAGUUGCUCGGCCUUAGAGAGUGACUACUCCUACUUGCAGCUUCAGAGCCUCAGCGAUGUCUCGAAGCACUACAAGCAAGACGUGAAGUGCGAGCUGAUGAUGCCCAUGAAGAUGGAGAGAGACGAGGAGGAGCCCCAGAAGACGAUCCACAGGUUCUUCGAUGAAGGGCCGAUGAAGAGCAGAGACAACAGCUCUUGGGUCGAUGUGGAGGACAACAAGUCGUCGAAUAGCUCAUCCAUGUCGACGACCAAGCUGUCCAUUUCCAUGCCCUCCUCAAACGACUUCCCAGCAUUCAAUUCCAGAAGAAACUAUGAUGGUUGAGCCCUGAAAGGAGGACUAUCUCAGGGGAUCUGGAAAGCUGUGACUGCUGUCUGUCUGUGUGUUUGUGUCUCCUUAGAGCGGUUUGGACUUUCAUUUUCUUCAAGUGAGUUAUGGGGAUUUUUAUUUUUAUUUUUAUUUUUUUUCCUUUUUUAAGCUGUCUUUUGGGUGGUGGGUGGGUGUUUGCUAGAGAUGAUGAGUUGGGGGUUGUUCUACAGUUAUUGUCAUUCGUUUGCUUUGAUAGAUCAAAGGAGAGAGUGCUUCAGUUAUCAAAUCUGUUCACGGUCCUUUCUCUUACACAUUCACUUUCAUGACAAGAUCAGAUCUUUUUUAAGUAGGUGGGUUUUUCGAAUGCAAAGAUUUCUGUUUCUUGGCAAGGUGA